GUUAACUGUAAAGUAGUUGUUUGUAAAAUUUAAAAAUAAGAAACAUAAUGUGUAACAGCUGAAACUUCUAAACGAAAAUUAACGUAUCUAAAACCUAACCUCAACUUUAAAUAUAUAUCAUUAUAUAGGUGAUAUAACAUAAAAAAUAAAAAUGAGUUUCACAUUCAACGCUGCAAAGUCCCAAGCCAGUACAACUCCAGCAGGCAGUACUCCAACUACAACUUUUACAUUUGGAGCUACUGGUGCUGGAGAUGCAGCAAAACCAACAGGAUUUUCCCUUACAUCUACACCUGUACAAAGUAAACCUGGUAGUGUAUUUGGUGCUGCAUUAAGUAAUCCUGUCCAAAAUACUGGAUAUAUUUUUGGGACACCUGCUUCCACUCCUGCAAAUACUGCACCUCUACAACCACCAGGUCUAACAUUUGGUGCUGUUGCAACAGCAGCUACAGGCUGCCAACACCAACACUUUAUACCAACACCAGCUGCAAGUACCCUAAGUUUCAGUUUAGGAGGCACUGUAACUGCUACAACAACAACAGCAACAUCAGCUUUUGCAUCUAAACCACUUACUGGUGGAUUUGGCUUGGGAGGUGGUGAAGCUGCUGCAUCCACUGCUACCACUGGCUUAACAUUUGGUACACCAAGUACAAUGGCAGCAAGAACUGGGUUUAGCCUUUCUGCAGCACCUGCUGCAACUACAACAGGGACUACAACCACAACAACAACAACAGGCUUUCCAUUAAGUGCAAGUGGAACAACCUCUGCUGCCACAAGAUUCACUUUCGGUACAGGUACAACUGCAACUAGUACAACAGGAUUUUCUUUAAACCAAACUGCUGCUACACCAAGUCUCACAAGUACCCAAGCAUCAUUGGGAACAACUACUACUGUUAGUUCAUCUGCUGGUACACUUCAACUAGCUUCUAUAAGCUCAUUUGAAGAUUCCAUCAACAAGUGGACCUUGGAACUAGAGGAACAAGAAAAAGUAUUUGUAAAUCAAGCUGCCCAAGUAAAUGCUUGGGAUAAAUUACUUAUAACUAAUGGAGAGAAAAUAGUAGCACUUAAUCAGGAAGUUGAAAAAGUGAAGAUUGAGCAGCAACAAUUAGAACACGAAUUGGACUAUGUCGUUGGCCAACAAAAAGAGUUGCAAGAUUGUUUAGUCCCAUUGGAAAAAGAAUUGGCGUCUCUUUCAGUUUCUGAUCCAGAACGUGAAUACACGUAUCGUUUAGCAGAAGACCUAGACACGCAAUUAAAACGAAUGUCGGAAGAUUUGAAAGAAAUCAUCGAACACUUAAAUCAAGCCAAUCGUACUCAAGAUUCCAGCGAUCCAAUCGUUCAAAUCGGCAAAAUAUUGAACGCACACAUGAACAGUUUGCAGUGGUUAGACCAGCAGACGACGUUGCUCAGUCACAAGAUACAACAAAUUGAUCAGAUGCAUCAGAACUUCAGACAAGAAAAUGAACGAAGUUUCAGUUUAGCGUAUAAUUAAUGUUA